AUGAGCAAUAUGUUCCAGGGCCAUGUGCCAGAAGCGAGAGUUUUGAUAAUCAUGACUGGAGGAACCAUCUGUAUGCAAAAAUCCCCAAACGGCCUCGUUCCAGCACGGAAUUUUCUAGAACGAUGCAUGGCACCUCGACCGGAAUUCAAUGACGGAGAGACGCACGAUUCCAUCGAGGUGAGGUUUCACGAUGGACCUGAAGGCCUGGGCGAGCUGCAGAGUCUGCGAACGCCAACCAGUGUCUACGGCAAACGUAUUCGAUAUGCCGUCUUGGAAUUCGAGACCCUCCUUGAUUCCUCGUCGAUUGACAGCAAGGGAUGGGCGGAAAUCGCCCAGACAAUCUUCCGCAACUACCAAUUGUUUGACGGUUUUGUCGUCCUUCAUGGCACUGAUAGCUUAGCAUACACCUGCUCGGCUCUGAGUUUCAUGCUGCAGAACUUGGGCAAGCCGGUGAUACUGACCGGAUCUCAAGUUCCCUUUUCGGAACGCAAGAACGAUGCGUUAGAAAACCUCCUCGACUCACUGGACAUUGCUGGCCACUUCAUGAUCCCCGAGGUGUGUCUCUGUUUCAAUUCGACUCUGUUCCGCGGAAAUCGGGCUACGAAGGUGUCUGCCAGCGCGUUCGAUGCCUUUGCGUCUCCCAAUCUGGCUCCGUUGGCCAAAAUCACUGCUAUGGAUACUAAAGUUGCAUGGAACCUUGUCACAAGGUCGACAUCACUUCAAGCGUUCAGCAUUCAAUCGGACCUCGAGAUUCAUCACGUGGCGUGUUUGCGCAUCUUCCCAGGCAUCAAACCAAAAAUGGUGGAAGCCGUUCUGCGAACCGAAGGCUUGCGUGGUUUGGUUCUCGAAACGUUUGGUGCGGGAAAUGCACCCAGUGGGCACGACAAUAAGAUGACUCAAGUCAUUUCAGAUGCGGUGCAGCGAGGCAUUGUGAUCGUGAAUGUCACGCAAUGUCUGACUGGCAGCGUCAAUCCACUCUAUGCACCGGGAAUGGUUCUUGGCCGUGCCGGUGUUGUUGCAGGUGGAGAUAUGACAAGUGAAGCUGCUCUGACCAAAUUGUCGUACCUUCUGGCGCUUCCCGGAGCAACCCCGGAGUCGGUCGCCAAAGACAUGGCCAUAUCGAUCCGAGGUGAGUUGUCUGAGAAUGCCGGGACGAUAUUCAGUCACCCUACGGGCGAGUUGUCAUCUCCCGUCACCCAGCUUACCGCCAUUGCGUAUGCCAUCGCUAGUGGGGAUAUUGAAAAGGUCAAAGAUCUGCUGCGAAAUGAUAGUCAACUCAUGAACCGAGCCGACUACUCGGGGAACACGCCUGUUCAUCUGGCAGCGACAGGGCCCAGCCUUGCGAUUCUUCGACAUCUUCUCUCACUGGGCGCAUCGGUUCAUCUUCGAAACCACACAGGUUCGGGCAGGACACCUCUUUUUCUGGCCGCCAACGCGGGUUUGCUGCCACAUGUAUUGCUUCUACGACAAGCCGGCGGGCAUCUCCACGCGGAAGAACUCGAAACGGCGAGACUCCAUGCAAGUCAAAGGCCAGAUGUGUGGAAGCAAGCCGGCCUGGAAAUUCCUUGA